GAGGAUUUGCUCUGGCUUCCGUUGAUUUCCCGACCAGAGAAAACCCUAGCUCCGUACAUCGUGCAAAAACCUCCUGCGAAAGCUAGAACACGAGAUUCUGAAGAGCAUCGAAUCAAUCUGCUUUGAAGAAGAACCCCGUUGUUCGGAUUUCCUGAGAUUUUGAGGAGUUCCCGAUAGCAGCUCUCUGGCCUUCAUGCCAUUCUACAGUUGUCGGAGCUUGAGUGUGAGCUUUGGAGCAUAGGCGUCUUUAGAUGGUGCAACCGAUUUGGAUUUCCCUCCCUAGUUUUUGGAAGCUAGUGGUUCAGGCAGUGAGGCUGCAAGUAGAAGCUUCAACCCAUGCUUCUAGUUGGCAAGAAGUCCAUCCAAAAGACCCAUUAUGAAAUUCUUUCUGUGAAGGAAGAUGCAAGUCAGGAUGAAAUCCGAGCAAGCUAUAGAGCUGCUGUCCUCGAUUCACAUCCUGAUAAAUUUCAGGGUAAAUUAGAGACUUGCAAUCCAGAACAUGGAUUUCAAGAAAGAUUCCUCCAGGUACAGAGGGCCUGGGAAAUCCUCGGUGACUCUGAGUCCCGGGCAGUUUAUGAUAGCGAGCUGCAGGUGUCGAGGUGGGAUUUUGAAAUGGCGGAUGAAGUCAAAUUGGAGGAAAUGAUGGCAGAUGACUCUGGAGAGGUUUUGGAGCUCUUUUAUCGAUGCAGAUGUGGAGAUUACAUCUCGAUCAAUUCGGAAGAGCUAGGGGAGAUGGGAUUUUCAUUGGAAGGGAAUGGACAAAAAGGAUUACAGACGGUCAGCGCAACACCAGCAUCUGUUGUUAUUCCUUGUGGUUCCUGCUCUUUGAAAAUCCGUUUGCUAUUAGAUGCAAAUUGUUAACUUUUAAAAUUGCCAUUGCUAAUAACCUUCUAUCAGGGGCACCUUCAAA